UACCAGGAAGCUGAUCCCUUGCUGGCUGCCCCUUUUCCAGUGGACCUGAAGGUUGCUUUUACAAGAUGGCAGAAGAGGAAGAGAUCACUUAUGAGGAAGAGGAAGAGGAAGAAUACAUAGAGGAGGAGGAAACACAGGAGACCAUUGUGGAGACAAAGAAGGCGCCGGUGGUUCCCAAACCUGCCCCUCCUCCUGCAACGGUGCCUCCCCUACGCCGAAAAUCAUCUGCCAAUUACCGGGCCUACGCCGUUGAGCCGCACGACAAGAUAAAAUGCAAGAUAUCAGCUUCUCGGAAAUUGCAACUCAAGUCAUUGAUGCUCCAAGUGGCUAAGAGGGAAAUGGAAAAGGAAGAAGAAGAACGCUCCCAGGACAAGGAGCGGUUUCUCUCCGACCGCUGUGUCGCCUUAGAAGUGGCAGGACUCAGCCUUACGGAACUACAGGAAUUGUGUCGGCAGCUGCAUAGGCAAAUUGACAAAAUUGAUGAGGAGCGUUAUGACAUGGAGGCCCGGGUCAAUAAGAGCAUCAAUGAGAUCCAAGAUUUGAACCAGAAGAUUUUUGACCUGCGAGGCAAAUUUAAGCGCCCUGCUCUUCGCCGGGUGCGUCUCUCGGCUGAUGCCAUGAUGCAGGCCUUGCUUGGCUCCAAGCACAAGGUCUCUAUGGAUCUGCGGGCCAACCUGAAACAGGUCAAGAAAGAUGACACAGAGAAGGAGAAUCGGGAAGUAGGUGAUUGGAGAAAGAAUAUCGAUGCUCUGAGCGGCAUGGAAGGGCGCAAGAAAAUAUUUGAGACCUCGGUUGCAGGGCAAGCCUGAGGCAUACAAGGUGGGGUUUCCUGUGUGAU